CUCAGCUCAGAUAGAAACUGUGGUCUGUUCAGUCACUUCAGUCCGGAUGAAGAUGAGGCUGAGCGUCUGCAGCUGCCUGGUAGCCGUUCUGCUGGGCUGUAAUGUCACCGCAGAGAUAGUUGAAGAGAAGAAGUCCAUCUCUCUGCGCUGUCCCCCGUCUGUCCCUGUGGACGGUCCAGUGACGUGGAGCAGAGAGACAAAUGGACACAGGGUUGAUCUUUUGACAGUUGAUGGUGACGGGGAAAGGAGACACAUUGACGACCGGCUCAGACGAUACAGCUCGUUGGCAGAUAAAUCAUUUCACAUCCACUCUGUCCUCCCCUCGGACACCGGAAGAUACUUCUGUAAUAAUUCAUCAACUGAACUGACGGUGAUCCCAGAAGGAACAACCAGACUCGCUGCAGAGAGGACCACCAUCACUCUGACCUGCCCUCAUGAUGCUGGAGGACCAACAUGGAGCAGAGAGACCGGUCGAAUAAAACACCAAGGACGGUUUGAUGUUUCAUAUGUGGACAAGACGUUGACUGUAAGAGACGUGCAGCCUGGUGACUCUGGACUUUACUACUGUGAUGGAAAACUGGCUGCAUAUCUGAUUGUGACCAAAGAUGAGACGUCUGAAAGAGAUAACAAGACUCCACUCGCAGCAACCUCAACAACUCCAGCUGCAAGAGGACGAACGGCAGCAGCAACACGGGCGUCAGCGGCACCACCCCCAGCAAGAACAGCUGCGCCUUCACCACCGUCAGCAAACACUGACACGACAAGACCGAGAAAGAACAGGGACAAGAACAGGGACAGGAACAAAGGUAAGAAGACACCAACACCGACCGCAGUGGCAGACCCAGGUUGGACUACAACCAUCAAACCAGUGGCUACCAAAGUCCAGCAACCCCUUCUCGCUUUAGUGUUGGGAAUAGUUGUCCCCUUCGUCGUCCUCCUCCUCCUCAUCGUCAUCUACAUUACUCGGAGACGCAGGAUGAAAAGACGAGAAACCGAAGAAAGAUACGCCAUCUAUGGUGAGGUGUGUCACUCAUUAGAGGUCCUGCCUACAAACGAUGCAUCAAACCAGAAUGAUUCGGUAUAUUCCACCAUCCCUGAUCUUCCAUGCGGUGGAGCGGAGUCACCGUAUUCUGUGAUCAGCGACACGUUUCCUGCAGGAAAUAAUGAAGGUUUGACCCACAUGACUGACAGAAGGUAGUUUUUAUUGGAGAAACCCGUAGCACCUGGAAACAUCAGUGACCAGCAGCGAGAGUCUGACCUGAACGCUGUGCUGCCGUCUACAGGACGAGGAACCACAGACGUCAACGUUCAAGCAAAUUCACAGGGUGUCUUAAGAAAAAAGAGAUCAUGUGACUCAUUUGAUGUGAAUUUUAAGAUUCUGAUUUCUGACUGUGAAGUUUAAAAUGAUCUGUUUCACAAUUUUCAGAAUCAAUGAAGGUAUUCCUGACUCUGCAUGGUUUUCUUGCAGUUAUAAGAUCUUGUCACUCUAUCGAAGUCUAAGCAGAUAUGGAGGUUCUGGCUACGAGAGCAUAAAGAAAAGCUUCUGUUAUUUAUAUCCCAGCCAUGUGAUUAACAGGUCUGAUGAAAGCUGCCUUCUCUCACCUCGUUUCCUGUUUGAGUUUAAAUAACUUUGU